AUGUACAGAAAUCUAAGACUUCUUCUCUUCUUCGCCUUCUUCAAUAAACUCUACUAAUGUAGGAUCGAACCCUGGUAGGAAUGUUGAUCAAGGUGAGAUGAUGCUGUCUUAACAUCCAAGGAUUUAUAUAGAAUGAAACAAAAAACGAUCAACGUUCUGUUACAUUUGUGAGUAAACUCUGUUUUUAAGGUUUCUUGCGGCAUAAGAAAGAAAGAGAUUAUUUCUGUAAUUUAAGAGACGACAAAGAAGGAUCUUCUUUACGAUACAACAAUGAUUGCUCGUAGCUUUAGCAAAAACGAACAGAAGAUACUUGGCUAUGGAGCUUUCAUCGCCUCUCUUCUCUUUGUCUUCACUCUUUGCACUGUCUUUAAACCUUCUCUCAGCCCUUUACCAGUCGUGGAGUUACGCUUAUCAGUGGACGCUAGUCUCAGGAUGCUGCCUAAACCACAAGCGUUAAGGAGCAGCAACGAUGCCACAUCUGGAGACUCUGAGAAACCCAUUAUUCCAACAAAUCAAGAUAGUGUUAAAUCAAAUGCAUUAAUUAGUCAGAGGCAGAGCCUAAUCAGUUGUGAAGAUCACAAGCUUAGUGUCUGCAACGACACAAGCAUACCCAAGAACCAUCUUGACUCCUUUGACUCUACUACGAAAGCUACAAUCUUCAAAGAACAAGUUACUUCAGAUCGAAAUAAAAUGGGGAAAACAAUAAAACAUGUCUGUAACAGUAACAACCUAGGAAGCAAAGAGUUUUGCGACCUAAGCGGCAACGUACAAAUUCACGGUAAAUCUGGAACUGUCCUUGCGGCGAUCACGUUUGCGUUUCCCGGGAACUCGACGUGGCGUAUAAAACCUUAUGCAAGAAAAGACGAAGUUGCGGCCAUGAAACGCGUUAGAGAAUGGACCGUGAUAUUAACACAAAACGCGAACGCUAGUUUCCCGCGUUGCGUGAGGAACCACAGCGUUCCGGGGAUUCUUUUCUCUCUCGGAGGCUUCUCACUGAACCAUUUCCAUGAUUUCACCGAUAUUGUAAUUCCUCUGUACACGACAGCGCGUAGAUUCAACCGCGAGGUUCAGUUCCUCGUGACGAACAAGAAUCCCUGGUGGAUCAACAAAUUUAAGGAGUUGGUGAGGAACUUGUCGAAUUACGAAGUUAUCAACAUCGACGAAGAAGACGAGACGCUCUGUUUCAGCAGCGUCAUCAUCGGUCUCAAUCGCUACCGUGAUUAUUACAAAGAGCUAACCAUCGAUCCUUCGAAUUCGGAGUAUUCCAUGUCCGAUUUCCGGAGUUUUCUAAGAGAUGCAUACUCAUUGAGAAACGCCGCCGUGAAAACUCGGCGGAGGCCACGGAUUCUGAUUUUGUCGAGAAGCACAUCGCGAGCGCUUGUGAACGCGGGAGAAAUCGCGAGAGCGGCGAGUCAGAUCGGAUUCAAAGUUAAGGUGGCGGAAGCGAACAACGGAGUCGCCAGUUUCGCACAAACGGUGAAUUCGUUCGACGUCAUGCUCGCUGUUCACGGCGCGGGUUUAACGAACAUGGUCUUUUUACCGGAUAACGCGACCGUGAUUCAGAUUCUUCCGAUCGGUGGAUUCGAGUGGCUCGCGAAGACGGAUUUCGAGGAUCCUUCUAAGGCUAUGAAUCUGAAGUAUCUGGAGUACAAGAUCGCGCCGGAGGAGAGCACACUGAUGAAGAAGUACGGACGCGAUCACGAGAUUGUGAAAGAUCCAUUGGCGGUUGCAAAGCGCGGGUGGGAAACGUUCAAAUCGGUUUAUUUGUUACAGCAGAACGUCAGUGUUGAUAUCAACCGGUUCAAGCCGGUUCUCGUCGAAGCUCUUGAACUAUUGCACAAUUAAAUAUUAUGGCUACAAAUUAGUAAUUCCUGUAGUCGUGUAGUAAUUUCUGUACACAAAUAGGUGAUGGUUGAGGUUUAACGCAUGUUAAUUUUGAUUUUACC